AUGAGCUCCCUCUUCGGCCCGGCGAUCAGCGACAUCUGGGGCAAGUCGACGCGGCGGCGCAAGCGCCGCCAGGCGGCCGAGGAGGACGCCGAGAGCGACGAGGAGCGCGGCGGCGCGCGCAAGCGCGCGCGGGGCGGCGCGAAGAAGCUGCCCGCCGAGGUCGCGGCCCUGCUCGGCGAGGCGCACGCCGAGGUCAUCGGCGGCGACGAGGAGCGCGCGAUCUCGCUUUUGGGCGAGGUCGUCCGCCGCGUGCCCGAGGCGCCCGACGCGUACGCGACCCUCUCGGAGAUCUACGAGGGCCGGGGCGCCGCCGAGGACGAGGCCAAGGCGCUCCAGCUCGCCCUCGUGGCGGCGCACCUCGCGCCGUCGGACGCGACGGCCUGGCGGCGGGUCGCCGUGCUGUCGAUGGAAGCCGCGCGCCGCGCGCCGGCCGACGGCUCCACCCCGAGCCCGCCGCGGUCGCCCCGCUCCGGCGCGCUCUCCAAGGCCGCGGCCUUCACGGACGACGAGCGCGUCGCCUUCGACGCGCUGAGCCGCGUGCUGAAGCUCGACCCGCGCGACGCCGCGGCCGCGGCCGACAUCGCCGCGCUCUACGCGUCGCGGAACAUGCCCGGCGCGGCGACGGACGAGCUCGAGCGCUUCCUCGCCAAGCAGGACGGCGCCGGCCCGCGGACGACGGACGAGAUCUCCCUGGAUCUCGUGCUCGCGGAGCACGCGGCGGCCGCGGGCCGCGCGGCUUUGGCCAAGGAGGCGCUCGCGCGGGCGCUCGAGGACGCCGCGGAGCCCGCGCCCCAGCCGGGCGCCGCGGGCGCGAGGACCGACGACGACGCGCGCCGGGCCGAGACGCGCCAGCGCGCGGCCAUCGACCUCGCGCGCCUCCUCUACGACGAGGGCGACUUCGACGGCGCGCGGCGCGCGCUGGGGUCGCGGCGGCCCGACGAGCCGCUCGACGUCGCCGUCGUCCGCGGCGCCUGCGAGGCGCGCGCCGGCGACGCCGCGCGGGCGACGGAGGACUGGCGGGGCCUCGUGCGCCAGUGCCGGGGCCUCGCGCAGGCCCUCGCGGACGGCGGCGGCGGCGCGGACGUCGAGGACUACUACGACGAGCAGGCGCGCCUCGUCGACGCGGUGCUCGACGCGCUCGGCGACCUGGCGCCGGCCGUCACGGAGCAGAUGCACGAGCUGCUGGCGGCGCUCCUGGACGCGGCCGCGCGGCUCCACGGCGCGCGGGCCGCCGUCGAGGAGGACCGCGCGGGCGGCGGGUCGCCGCAUCGGGGCGACGAGGCGCGCGCGCACGCGACGCUCGCGCGCCUGCUCCGCGAGCGCGGCGCGCUCGUCGCCGCGCGGGGCCGCGUGAAGCGCGCCCUGGCGGCCUGCGCGGGUUCCGCGCGGGCGCUGGGCGAGGACGCGGCGCUCACGGCCGCGGAGCCCGGCGGCGCGCGCGCGUGGGACCCCGCGGCGGCCGUCGCCAAGCUCCUCAGGGCCGCGGGCCCGCCGCCGGGCGCGGGCGCGGGCCUGCGGCGCCGCGCCGUCGACGACGAGGUCGUCGCGUGGACGGCCUUCGCGGAGUCGUUGGCGGCGCGCGUCGGCGUGGCAAGGGACGCGGGCGACGCGAGGCGCCUCGUCGCCGUCGCCGCGGCCGUGCUCGAGUCGUCCUGCGCCGGCGACGCGCUGGCGCCCGAGGCAGCGGCCCUCGCGGGGGCGGCCGUCGCCGUCGCGCCGCGCGGCGCGCGCAAAGGCGCGCUCGCGACGCUCCGGGCGACGCGCGAGGCGCUCCUCGACGGCGACCUCCGCGCGGUCUUCGACCGCGUGUCCGCGGCCGUCGCCGACGCGUCGCCGCGGGCCCGGCGCCACGCGGCGAGGAGCGCGCUCGCGCGCUGCUGCGCGGGCCUCGACGCGCUCGGCGCGGCCGCCGUCGCCGACGCGUCCGUCGGCGACCUCAUCGCGGUCCACGCGGUCGGCCUGCGGCCCGUCGACGACGGCGCGCUGGCCCGGGUCGCGGCGCAGCGCGGCGUCGACGCCGUGCGCGCGGCGGGCGGGCCCGACGCCUGCGCCGCGGUCACGCGCCUCGCGGCGGCGGCCGCCGCCGCCGCGGGCGAUCCGCGCGACCCAAAGAAGACGGCGGCGCUCUCCGCGGCGCUCGCGGCCGCGGACCGCCCCGCGGCGGGCGCCGCGGCCGUCGCCGCCGCGGCGACGGUCCACGCGGCGCUCGCGACCUACGUCGACGACGACGGCGCGUUGCACGACGACGCCGCGCCGCGGCGGCGGCCGCGCGCGCCGCGGAAGGCCAAGGACGGCGACGACGCGGCGCCGCCGCCGCCGCCGCCGCCGCCCAAGGCGCCGCCGAAGCCCGCGCCGCCGCUGCUCCUCGCCCUCGCGCUCCACAAAUGCGAGCCGCGGCGCGCUUUGGCGCUCGUCGCGCCGCCCGCGGGCGGGCCGCCGGCCGACGAGCCGCCGUCGGCGCCGCUGCUCCGCUGCGCCGUGCUCGCGGACUGCGCGACGCGGGGCACGGCGUCGGCGAGCGCCAACGCCGCGGCGUCGGCGACCGUCGCGCCGACGCGGUCCGGCGCGGCGCUCCGCGCCGCCGCGGAGCUGGCGCGCUACGCGGAGCUCCGGGGCACGGGCGGCGCGGCGGCGCAGGAGGUCGCCUACAACACGGGCCGCUUCUUCCACGCCCUCGGCCUCGAGGCCCUCGCCGCGGCCCACUACCGCGACGCGCUCGACGGCGACGGGCCCGCGGACCUCCUCGUGACGCGGUCCGCCGCGCUGAACUUGGUGAACCUCUACGCCAAGGACCCGGCGACGCGCGACCACGCGCGCGAGAUCCUCGCCAAGCACCUCGUAAUCAAGUGGGACACCUUCGACGACUCGAGCGAGUCCGAGGACGAUGCCGCUGGAUCCGGCGGCGACGAGGCCGCGCCGCCCAACGCCGUGGAAGUGCUCACCGAAGCCGACCUCGAUCGCAUGGCGGUCGCGUGCGAGAUCGAGGCCGAGGCGCGGAAAGUCCUCCACGACAUGGAGACGACCGCGUUCGCCUUUUCCGGAGCGACGCGGUCGUUCGGCGAGUAUUUCGACACGUCGAUGGGCUACGUCGAUCUCGAAGACCUCGAGAACGGCGUCCUGGGCGACCUGCGCGCAGGCUUUUACGACGACGUCAAAGCGUACGAGUGGCGGGGGAGGGAGGCCGUCGCGUUCCUGUUUUACGCGCGGACCCGAGCGGGAAUCGAUUGCAGGCUCACGCUCCGCUGCGCGCCGCAGGUCGUCAAGCACACCACGCAGAAGCGCCGGCUCAUCCAGAAGGUCCUCAAGUGGGCGCACCGCGUCGCGACGUCCGCGGGCGGCCAGUCGAUCUCGGGCCGCUGAUGUCUCGAGCCUCCGAAGACUAAGCGACGCCGAAGUCCGAGAGAGUCUGAGAGGCAGUGGGGAGAUUAAAGAAGGGGAGCGGGGGUC